UUAUAAACAACAGUUUUUAUUAAAACAUUCUAAAGAAAGCAUUGAUUCAAUAUUGAUUCUAUCAAAAUGUUCGAUUGGUCUAAUAAACAUGUUGUCUAUGUUGGUGGCUUCACAGGCGUUGGCUAUCAAGUCUGUCAAAUGCUUAUGAAGAAACCAAUUAAGUAUUUAGUUGUGUGUGGUCGCAUGGAAAAUGUUGAAAUGUUAAAGAAAUUACAGGCAAUGAAUAGUGAGGUUAAGGUAUUGUUUGUCCAGAUGAAUGUUGCCGAGUAUUCGAGUAUUGUUAAGGCUGUACAUGAAGUUAUUAGCUAUGUUGGUCAUGUUGAUGUUUUGAUCAAUGGUUCCAGUGUUUUAGCUGAUAAGGACAUUGAUACAACUGUGGCUGUUAAUUUGACUGGUCUUAUUAAUACCACCCUCUUGUUUUUACCACAUAUGGACAAAACUCAAUCCGGACAUGGUGGCGUUGUAGUAAACAUGUCUUCAGUCUAUGGCUUACAACCCGGACCAGCUUUUAGUGUUUACUCAGCAGCUAAACAUGGUGUUAUAGGUUUCACAAGAUCUAUGGCGCAUGAACACUAUUACGGUAAAACUGGUGUCGCUUUUAUUUGCGUUUGUCCCGGCCUUACCUCUUCCGAAGAGAUGAUGAAUAAACGUGAUAUGGAUUGGAUGAAAUGGGUACCACAUAGUGAGCAAAUUUGGAAAAUUGUUAAGGAUGCCAAAAUGAUAUCGCCACAAGAAUGUGCCGUACAUAUGAUGCAUGUCAUGGAACAGGCUGUAAAUGGUGGAAUUUAUGUUUGCAGUGUUGAUGGUAUGAAGGAAAUUACUCCUGCUAUAUAUGUGGAUUAAUAAGUGUUGUAAUUUUGAGGUUAAAUUAACGGUUUACUUUGAAUAGUAAAAAUAAAACAGUUUACAUAUAAAGUUA